AUGGAACAAAAUCAAAGUGGAUUACAAGAACUAUUAAAUAUUGCACAAAGUUCACCAUGGCUUUUUCCGAAAUUACGAACACUUUUCCCUUAUCUAGGAAUGCAUAACAAUUUAGAUGCAUUACUAAGAACAAUGUCACAUAAAUCGAAAAAAAUUAUGAUUAUUGGAUUUAGUCGGCAUUGGCAAGCCAUGGUCCAAAAUAACAUAUUUACCAUAGUCAGAUUUACUCGAACAUCGAACUAUAUUAUUGUGACAGGUGAUGAAUUAUCAUUACUUGUCUGCAUUGAGCUAAAUCUUCCAUGCUAUAAUGCAACGUCAUAUAUGUUAAAGUUACAAAAAAAUGUGUCGAUGGAACAUGAAGCUACUAUUAACGAUGCAUACUAUUUAGCUCUUGUAUGGUAUUUAUUUCCGCUUUAUUUGGAUAUUCUUCGAAAAGGUUUUACAAUAAUGAAAAGCGAUCUAGAUAUAAGCUAUGCUGCCAAAGAUAUUUGGAAAACGUUUGAAUUAAUGAUUGAGGAAACCGAAGCGGAUCUCAUAUUCAUGAAAGAAAAUCCAAUCAACACAGGACAAUUUUAUGCUAGACCUAAUGAGAGAGUUCUUGCAUUUUUUGAAGAAUGGAUAGAUUCAUACAGAUUUUACCAAACAUAUAACGAUCAACAAGCACUAGCAAAUAUGAAGGGAAAGAUUUAUCAGAUUUGUAAUUCGAAAGAGUCCUGUAAUGAUGUCAAAACCUUGCCGAUGCAUCGCACUUCUAAUAACACGCUUCGAAUUAAUAACCAAACAAGUAAAAUGGCUGCGGUAUUAACCUAUCCAUCAUCAUUUGCUCGAUAUGGAGACCUGUGCCCUCCAAACAAUACUAUGAACUCAUGUAAUCAAGAUGUUCUAUAUGUGCAUACAAUCUGCUUGACAGGUGCUCAAGCUAAAAUGAACAAAUUAAAAGAACUUGGAUUUUGGUUGAUGGCAGAUCCUUGUACUGAAUCGAAGCUUGAUGCUCCUUCUCGAUCAUCGCAACUUGUCAAUGUAACACUCAUUCGUUGCGUUCCAACACCACGUCUGCGGCCGAGUGUUGAAAGGUCAUUCUUACAUUGUAACAACUCCAAAUACGCUGUAUCUUUAUCAUAA